UUCUCACAUUAUGGAAGGAACUUCUCGAACACAUCCUUACACCAUAAGAUUCGUUGGUCUUCUUGGCAGUCAUUCUCUUGGUAGAAAUCCAAAGUUUAUGGCUACUGCAGUAGAUUUAGGAAGAGAAUUGAUAAGGCGAAGAAUUAGUCUUGCUUAUGGAGGAGGCAACCUUGGCCUACAAGGAGCUGUUGCUUCAACAGUUUUUACCAAUGGUGGUCUCGUUAGAGGUUUCAUUCCUGGGUACAUAGCAACACGACGGGUCUACGGACCUACAUAUGGCGUAGAGCACACAGUUUCCAGCAAUUACUACAAAUAUUUUGAGAUGAAUCAUGCUGUGGAAUCUUUCAUCGUUCUUCCCGGAGGAGUUGACACUAUGGAAGACAAAUUAGAGUUUGCUAAAGCUUUCCCGGGUCCUGGAGCCGGUUACGACGAGUUUGCAAAUCCUGAGAGAUUAGACUUAGAAUUGCAUCUAAAUCAGCACAACAUCUUCCUCACGAAGGAGAUCGUCUCUCCCAAGAUCGUGAACAAGGACCUCUUCAAAUCGGCGACCUAUGCCCCGAGUAAGUCUAUGUUUCUUCAGCAAGACUUUACUCGGGACACUCAGGUGCCGGUCAAGAAGACGUGUUUCAUCACUGAAGCCAAGUUUUCCCGGAUCGUGUAUCGAGAGGAGGGCGAUGCUGCACCAAAUCUAGACCUGAUAGUCGCCGAAGAAGAAGAAGAAAGCAAAAACGAGAAUCAAGCUGAGUCAUCUCAAGCAGGAGGAAGUCGAGCCACGGAGCGCGUCACUCGUCAACGGAGGACUCGUCCGAGAGAAGAAGCACCGGAACCUUCUUGGGUGAAGAAGAUCUUCGAUACUCUCACGUGCAUCCGAGAUGACGUUUGCCAGCUCAACGAGAGGAUGACUCGUCUUGAGCAAUCUCGCUCCUACCGUGGCCCGCGUCACAGCUUUGGCGGAGGAGCUCGUCCGGCAAACUCUCUUUGAUUGUUAUUUUCUCUUAACUGAUUAUGAUACAUUGGUUUUUGUUAUGACUCUUUUGGUGGAUGAUGAUGUUUCCUUUCGAUGAUGCUAGUUGAUAUUAACUGCUUGUGUAUUAAUAUCUUUGUUGGCUUGGCAAUAUUGUUCUUAUUUAGAACAUAUUGUCCCUUUGUGGCAUUUUUUGUAAGAGUUCUCUUUUAAAGAAAACUCUUGCCUUUUU